AUCCCAUUGAAAUGCGUGUAUUAAGUUUAGCACACCUUUCAAUGGGAUGUCGGUGAACUUGGACUUAUGACGGUCUCAUGAAACGCUGCCCAUAUCCAUGCACACUGCAUUGCAUUGCACACGAAACACACCACAGCUUUGCUGCCCGAUGCUUACAAAGCACAUUACUUCCCCACAAGUCGAAAGUUCGAGCAGUUUCACUAACCUCGAAGAUGUCAUUCUAUAGUAACCUAGAAGCAAGAUACAAAACUGUACCACAGGAUGGUAGGAUAGAGACUCUAACAUUCCUCGAGGCUAGCAGAGUAUCCAUACUUCCACUGCUUGAUAUCCUGGGGAAGAAUGCCUUUGCCAUGGUCAGAAUGGAUGUGAAUGGCAACAUUGUGAAACUGAUGAAUAAAUACAAUGAAAGGCCUGAUGAUUUCCAUACACUGACUGCCAUUGUUGAUGAAGAGCUUGAACAAUGUACAACAAAUGAUAACAACUCUGCCACUGAUGCCCUCAUUUGGUUAACAAGGGGCCUCAACUUCAUCUGCAUCUUUAUCCAGAAUAUCUUAGAUGGGAAGAAUGAAGGUGACGAUAUAAAACCAUGUAUUUCAGGAGCAUAUGACAUCACCCUCAAGCAGCAUCACCACUGGCUCGUAAAGAAAGCUGUGCAGGUUGCAUACAGAGCAGCACCCUACCACAGUGAUCUAAUGAGAAUCCUUCAAGGAGAUGAAGAGAGUAAGGAAGUAUUCAUGUCCCAGGUCAGAGAUUAUCACAUGCUGUUAAAAGAUCAUGUCGCAGCUAUUCAAGAAAUCUACUCUGCCAGAAGUCUUAACCCUCGACCUUAAACAUCGCAUUUGCAAUAUUUUGUAUUGAAUCGUAAGUUUUAACUCUUUAUUUGCCAUGUUAUCUUUCCGCCCUUGGAUUCCAACAGAUGUUUUCCACUUCUUUGAUGGUUUACUGCAUUAUGAUGUUACUCAAAAUUGAACCUACUUGGGUUCGUUAAGGUCAGCAAUGUUACCCUAGAUGUUGCCAUAGCCUAUAGAGAGAAAUAGUUGUGACACAUGCAAAUACAUGCUUGCAAGAUGGGUCAUAGGUCAAGCCAUGUUACUCCAAGUGGUUCCCUCCCAUGUACGAUCUCUAUGAGAGGAAACUAUUUUGGAGCUUCUUGAAAUGCCUGACCAAUCGGAAGCAUUUUCCGGUGGCGUAACUAUCUCUUUCUAGUAGCUAUGGGUGUUACAUUCCCAGUUCAGCCGGUUACCCCUGUUACUAAUUGUUGCCUGUUGUUUGUGCUGAUCGAGAAGUGUGGCAAAUAAAAGGUUUAAGAGCAUUUUGUAACAAUUAUCUGUGAGGCAUUUGUUUUAUUGCAAUCUUUGGGUAACAUGGAUACUUUCUAUUUUUUUUUUACCUAAUUUACAUCAUCUCAUAUAGGUGCUUAGGUAUAUUUUUGUAUGAUCUUAUAAAUUUGUAAUGUUUGUGUUAAUAUAUAUCUGAUUUCUUGGAAAUGUACGGGUACACAGAAAUAUUUUGAUGUAUUCUCUUAAUUUUUAGUUGGUGAAUAGAUGCGGGCUUUCUAAGAAGCUCAGAAGGGAACAUUACAUGUGCAGACACUGUGUUUGUGUUGGUUUUGAUGAUUAACGAUUCAAACACAAAUUCUUUUUUGUUUUCAAUUGUUAAAAUUUAGGGAUAUUGCAAUAGAAAAUUCAAAACAAAUGUAGUGAAAUCCCGAUGUAAGAAGGAAAUGUGUGCAUGCCGAUCUCACCACGCCAUCGUAGAAAAUGAAGAUACUAGAUUUAUACUAUGCAUGAUGGUAAACGUGUAUAUGGAAGUAAAAGUAUGUAUGUUGUUUACAGAGGGUCACACUCACUGAGCCCACUCAAUGAGUUUGGAGUUGGGAGUCGUGUUUGAAGGCGGGUGGUAUAAUUAAUGUUUUUUUAAAUACCAGUUUUGAAACUGAUAUAUGAUAGAUAUUGGUGAUAGUGCAUCAACGGAAUGUAGAUAGAGGCAUAUCAUCUCAGAGACCUAGUCACAUUUGUCUUGUUUUAAAUAUGACAUUAAUCCAUCCUAUAUAUUGCAGAUAAUUUCAGCUCAGUUAUCCCACACCUUUGUGGUUUCUAUUCCUAAAAGAAGGAUCAUAAAAUUAGAUUCCUUUGUGAUUAUCCACUAUUUAAAAACAAAAUAAAACAAAGAAAACUAGAAAGGGGAAUAGGAUUUUUAAGGAAACCUGAUAGAAAGUGGAAAUAUUUGAAGUAUCCAUAGAACUUGACAACUCAAAUGUAAAGUUAGUAAUGUAUUAUGAUAUUGGAUAAUUUGAUAGCGCACAUAUCCACUGUGCAAGGUGCUCAAGUCACUCCAAUACUAACGUGGCUCUGCUAGGCUACCGAUUUUUAUGUUUACAGCAUUCAAGGAUACAUAUAUAUAUAUAUGGAUAAUUAUUUACAAAGUGCAUGUGCCCCUCAAUUUCUUUCAAAGACCCACCCCGACCAAUUGACAUUUUAGGCUACCAUUUUAACUUCAAUAAUCUGAUUGAUUCCAAUUGUCAAUUUUGGUGAUAAAUAUUUCAGAUUCAGAUGUAAGGAGUAGUGAUGUCUACUGUAUUGUCUACAAUUACUAUUCAUCUAUAUUACCAUGCCUCAUAAUAUUUCCCGUCAGCUUCCCCCUCCCCUCCCCCGCCCCCUCCAUCACGCCCAUCGGCUUGGGCCUGAUCCACAGUCUCCACUUAUCCGUUAUCCGUUUAAUUGCACUUCAAUAGCUAUCAAAAUGGAUGAUGGAUGAUCGAUUGAUAGAAGAGCUUUGAGAUGGUUCAAUCAUCCUUUGGUUCGUUUUCUUUUGUACAGACAGACAGCCUUCCUCCCAAGAAAGCUUAUCAAUGAUUGUUCCCAGGUAUUUGUACUCAUUGUACCUGCUCAAUGAUGUCUCCAUGAAUACGGAGUGGCGCAUGUAUUGUAUUGCCCUUCCGGAUAUCAAUGAUAAGUUCUUUGGUUUACUGGUAUUCAAUGAUAGGUAAUGGUUGUCACACCAAAGGGCAAAUUCUUCAACCUGGAAGAUGUAUUCAUGAGGGUCACUGAACAGGUAGCCUGUUAUCACAGUAUUAUCAGCAUAUUUAAACUGCAAGAGGUGUUCGUGCUUGUGCAAUUACUUGUGUACAGUGAGAAAAGAACAGGAGAUAAGAGGCAACCUUCGGGAGCACCUAUAUUGGUCAUCAUUUUAUUUGAUUGAUUAAUGUCUUGCCAAAGGACAUUAGUGCCGGGCCGGGACUUGAACCGAGAAUCAAAUGAUCCACAGUCCGAGGACCUAUCGACUAGACCAUGAUACCUUUACAGUAUGACAGGUUUGAUAGUGCAAUCCAACAAUUUAACAGCGCAGCCAUGUUUAUUCAGUGAGAAAGUAUUUAUCACCAUUUGUGUUGAAAAAACAACAAGGUAUUAAGCAAGAUAAUUGUGUAUAUUUGGGCUCAGUGGUCGGUUUGUGUUGGGUUUUUCAUUUUUAGAAGUAGAGUACAAGAAAAGAUUUUCAUAUUUAGUAAUUGUAUUUCAUGUAAUAUCAUUUUUUAUGAACUAUUUAUUAUGUCAAUAAUUGUGGUAUUCCUGUCAUUGGAAACUGAAAGUAUGUAGUAUUAAGAAGGUGUUCAUGUUUUGAGAUAGAAAUAUGCUAACAACAACUCAUUUUGUUUAAUUGAAUAUCUUUCAGUUUCUUGAUUAUUUAUGUAUAAACAAAUGGUAUUGAUAGCUACCGAAUCAUGAAGUGAUUAUUGUAUUCAAUCCAGUAUGUCUUCCAUUUCAAUUCAAUUCAAUUCAAGGCUUAUCAAAAUAUAUCUGUGUAGCCGUUGAUGGCUGAUUUGCGAUAUAGUUCACAGAUGAAAACUUGCAAAAUUACAAAAUAAACCUGUCAAUUACAAUGAACAAAGAUUGGCAUAAAUUUAAAGACAAAAUAGAAAUUAAGCGUAAAGAAUUACGUUUGAAAUUCUAGUUAAAAUAAUUUGAUAUAGAUUCAUAGCAAUAUAUGUUGAGAGUACAUUAAUCAGUUGGCUUUAAAAUAUAUUAACGGAAAACCAAAGAGUUCAAAUGUGAGUUUUAGAAAAAAUGGGUUGUUCAAAUUACAUCGGGAGUUUAGUGAUUAUUCAAAAUCAUCUAAAGACAAGAUGAGAAAUUGCAAAAGAUUAUAUUUCAAAUUAAAAACUCAAAUUUGGAGUGAUAAAAGAUAAGUUUGUUCAUUAGAAGUACAUCAUCAAUUUAAAAAAUUUACAUGAUAAUACGUUAAAUGUAUUGCACAAAGUUUUUAGAAAAGUACACAUUCUAUUAUGUGUGAAUAUGUGUGAAUUAGUAGGGAAGAGAACAUAUCAUUCCACAUACUGAUAACCAGAUUAGGAACAGAUACUUAUGAAAACCAGAUAAGAUAGAAGUAAAAACCAUUCAAAUUUAACUUGAUAAUACGAUGUAUGUUUUUUUAAAAACUCAAUUCGUACAGGCACAAUAAUAGUAUGUCUUAUUUUUCUUCAUUUUUUCUUCUAUUCUUUCUUAUUAUUGGACAUGACGAUUGAUAUGGUAAAUAUUUUCCUGUGGCAUCAAGGUUAUCUAAGACAAAAUCAAUAAUUGUUACUGCCAUGUUAUUAUUGAAUUGGUUGUAUUUGGUCGGUUACAUUGUAACUGGAAAAGUCGUGAUGUAUAAAAAAAACAUCAAGUUGUUGUUACAACCUACUUGAAAGUCAUGUAUGCCUUUAAGUGCUUUAAAAUACCAAAUAUGGUAAAUAUAUAUACACAUGUAUAUGUUUAUUGGUUUGAGUAUAAUUAUAAUGUCAUUCCGUCACCUUUAAACUAUUGCUUGUAUAUUUGAUGUCAUCAGUCUCACUGUUAAUCCCACAAGAAAUGGAUUUCCCUGUGUCUUUGCUCAGGUAAUACUGAAUACUGAUAUACAUAACAUGCAUGCAAUUUCAAUAAUUUGUUCACAAAUAUUAACAAAAUUGGAUUACUUUUUUUCAAAUCAUAUAUUCAUAAUUAAUCCUUUAAAAUAUACUUUUUAUCCAAAAACAAACAAAAAAAAACAAUAUUUUUCAUGAAUUCAGAGACAGUUUUUUUCUCCAGUAGUGCCUGCAUGAAAUUUUUUCUUCUUUUCAUGUCAAGAAAAAUUCAUAACUUUCUCAGUUAUUGUUCCAAUAUCCUCCAACUUUUGGGGGGUUGACAUUUAAUGUCUGAUAUUUCCGCUUUUCUAGAAAGCAGUUUAUUCGUGGACCAGACAUAUGAAAAGUAUGUUAUUGAUAGAUGACUUGCUUUACUGUGAAUACAUGUAUAGAAUUGGUUAUUAUGUGUCAGACAAUGUUAUUGACAAUUAAUGUAUUCAAAUCAUGUUAUUUCUUGAUUCUGUAUAAAAAUGUAUAAAGUGCAAUUAUAAAGUGCAAGGAUACUUUGAAUUAUAGAUAAACUCUUACUUGUAUAAAUCCAAUCUUAAUAUACAACUAUUCUAAAAGAAAGCAGAACAAUUAGAAAAUCAUACUGGUGAUAAUUUGUGCUAAAAUCAGAUAAAAAUAAGAAAGAAAUGGAUUUCUGAAAGUUGUAAUCAUUCCUUGUAUAGGAUCUUCAUAUUUGCAGAAUUGGUAAUGUUACUCUGAAGGUGUGCCA